CCGAGGAUAUGGAUCAUGGACGUGCGUUGCGGGAAUUUCCCACAGCUCGGGCCACAGGAAGGGGUCCUAGGGGACGUUGACGGAGAGGAGGACGAGGGCCCCCUGGGCCCAGGGGGCCGUCUCCGUCAACGUCCCCCUCGGACACAGGGCCCAGGGCCCCGGAGCUCGGACAGGUGUGGACCAGGGCAACUACGUACGAGUCAGUACUCGACAGAGGGCACUCUGCAGAUAUUCGCUCUCGGGCUCUCAGAGAGUGUGAGAGAGAACGAGCGUCAGCAGCGGGAAGGGAGAUUUGGGCGUCCCCUUUCCUCCAGGAUUCCUAAAGAGUCAACUCGGCGGCUGAGCGUGUCCUUUCCAUUUUCGAUUCGUUCCCGUCUGCUCUGACUCUAUUAGCUGGUUUUAUCGGUCCACGGUGUAAGAGACGUUGUGAGAGCAAGCUCUCGAUGGGGAAUUGCUCUGGACGUGAGAUGAGAGGUCACUGCGAUCAGGCUUGUGAAGCCAUGAUAUGGCUGCCUUCUCAUGGACGUUUUCAGUGGAUUGCAGUCUAAACGUUUUCUGAGGUUUCGGACUCGGUUGGUGAAGAGGAUGGUAGAGAAGCUGUGAUCUGGGGGAUGAACGUGGGCGGGAAGAGGUUAGACGGGAAAAUGAGGCAGAUCUCUACUGGCAAAAGGUCAUAGUGCUUCCUCGAAGUGAGAAAUGAUUCGCGGACAACAAUCAUUGUCCAGGAAAUAAACAGAUGGUCUUCGGUAUUCAGGUCGAGGAAAGCAGGUGAAAUAGGAGGUCCUGGGCGAGACCAUGGACUUGUUUACCUUUAAUAACCAAGAGGCCUGCUCUUUUCAUCCUACAAACAGCACGCAAUUUUCUGUGAAGUCACGGCAGCCGUUGGAUUAUAUCACCGUAGGUGUGAUUAGUCUGGGAUUGAUCCCUUUCAUUGCAGGGAAUGUGGUGAUGGUGAAGAACAAAGACUAUCUCCCAAUUAAGACAAAGAGCGUGGAACUGACAGUCGUCAGCUCCAUCGGUGGUGUAAUUUGGCUGUUAUCAUGUCUGGUGGUAAAUAACCAUUUUGGCCGACCUAAGGACACGAUUUGGUCUGUUUGUUCAUUGUGGACUUUUUGGAUGCAAGCCUGCUUUGGGUUUGCAUUGUGGCUAAAUUGCCUCAUCUUACGCCUCAUCAAUUUGUAUUUCAUUCUGGUCCUUCGACGCCCUGUGGUGAAGUGGUCCACCGUUGCUGUCCUCAUGCUGCUUUCUCCCAUCAUCGUAUUCUCCAUAUGCGCCUCUGCCCUGCACGCCAGUAGCUUCAAACCUGCGUCGGGAAACUGCUCUGUUGGGCGGGGAUGGUCCAUUGGCUUGCUUAUCAUCAUUCCCUUCUAUUUCUGUUGUUUCCUCGGUCUUGGUAUUCUUCUUCGCAACGUGAGAUCUAUAUUCAACGAGUAUAGGCUGAUCGUGAACGGUGGCAUGCUAGCUCUCUUCUUUUUUCUACUAACGCUGGUCACCAUUCAAACCAAGGUGUAUCAAGAGCCUGCCGGGCGAUGUUUUCUAGUCCUGGCGGUGUCAGGAACAGUCUUUUAUUACUUCUUCGCCCGCAAUUGGGAGGCGUUAUACCAUUCUGUAUUCAAUAGAGAAGAGUACCUGGAGAGAUUUCUUGCUCAGCUUAAUUCAGUACCUUCGAGAAGUCACAAUAGGAAUUUUGAGAAUCCAGCAGAAAUGAUGCUCUUUGACGCAAGAGAAGAGCGCAGAAAUCUUCAUGAUGAAGUACAAGAGCUGGAUCAACAACUAACCAAAUUGGUUGAGCAGUAUAAGAAAGAGAGGGGCUCAAUCACACCAAGGGGCUCGGUGACAUCAAGCCUGGCGCCUAGUCGGGAGGAGAGCUUCAAGUAAGAAGAAGAAGCCCGGCUCGAGCAUGUACUUAGCUCGUAGAAUGAUCUACUUACUUGAAGCUUAGAAGCCCAGAACCAUCUUCGACUUUCCAGGCCUCGACCCUACUUCGCCCAUGUUCACCUCACUCUACCCGAGCCAGUGUUGACGAGAGCGAGUAUGAUGGCGGCUGCUCUUGCGUGCUGGCAAGCGCAGUUCACAGAGUAGAGUUUGGUUCGGCCAAAACUGGAAUCAACUGAUCCAAAUUGAGUCAUGUACAAAGGCUCACUUUGCAACAGCAUUGACUCGGGCCUUUGCCUAGAUUACCUUGUAUGCAUAUGCAUCCUCUCCUCUGUACCAUAAGCAACAAGUGUUACCUACAUUGUCAUACUGGACUAGAGGUGUCUGGUGACUCGGUUGUCAGGAGGGAUCUUUUAGAGCCGCAAAUUCCACUGCAUACUGGGCUUGAGUUGAAGUUUAGUGAUAUUGAGCAAUGUACGUCUCAGGACUAGACAUAGAGAACAUAGGAAGUCAAAUGAAAAUAAACUGCUGUAUUGAUAUACUACCUUGUCCUGGAAACAGAAACCUCAGUAGGAUGUAAAUUUACACAUGAGGAGCAGGCGGUGAGCCGCUUUGUGAAACCCCCAGUGUACCUGAAGAGGGUUUGAAGUUGCACUUCAUCCAAGCGCUUUUUGGAACCCACAAAAUCAGUGUGGGACGUAUUUAACAUACUUUUUGAUUAUGAGGUUGUGCACAGUUCGGUGCAUGAAAUCCGUG